CUAAUGGCUCUAUAACUUCUCUAAGUAUGUGGACUAGGGUUUGCACUGUGAUCAGAAACAACAAUGAAUCAGUACAACCAACCUCCCGUUGCUGUCCCUCCUCCUCAAGGUUAUCCGCCUGAGGGAUAUCCAAAGGAGGCGUAUCCACCGCAAGGAUAUCCUCCUCAGGGAUAUCCGCCGCAAGGCUACCCUCAGCAGGGAUAUCCACCACAGCAGGGCUAUUCUCAGCAAGGAUAUCCUCCUCCGUAUGCGCCGCAAUAUCCUCAGCAGCAGCAACAACAGCAGAAACAGAGCAGCACUGGGUGUCUAGAAGGAUGGUAAGUCAAAGUACUCUAUCCAAUCAAACUUGCGUUACUAACACUUUUGUUGUGUUUAGUCAAAAAAAAAAUAAUUAAACUUUUGUUGUGAGUUUCGUAUGGGUCUACGUUGAUUACAUCCUCUUAGGGGGAAAAUGUCAUGUGAUACAACUAAAAUAUUCCUAUGUAGAAGUUGACUGACUUUUGAUACAAAAGUGUUGGUGGCAAUGGGGUUGGUUUCCCUGUAUCAUGGGUUUUAACUUUUAACUACCCUGGUACGAAAUAUUAUUUUAAAAUUAUAAUUUCUAAAUAUAACUUCGAGUCAAUGGGAGAUUAUGUACAUAAGGUCUUGAAACUUCUGUGGUUAUAAAAAAACUUUACUAUCCUCUCUCUCACACACACACUCUCUUUGUUGAUAGUUCAUAUUGCAUUCUUUAGGAUGAACAUGCUUGCAUCAAACAUUGAACUUCUACUGGUUACUUACUACAUUGCAUACCUAAAGCAAAUGGAUUUGCAAGCGUGUUACUGGUUUUGAGAAUGUUACGAGUAGUUGAAACUAUACAUACUUGUAAAAGUUUUUGGUUACUCCGGUUUUAUCAUACUAAAACAGAUUGAGAAUGUGAACAAAUGUUAUGAUUUUGCAGUCUUGCUGCUCUCUGCUGUUGUUGUCUCUUGGAUUUUUGCAUCUUCUGAUUGGAGUACCUGCUCAGAGCUGCUGAUUUAAUUGCAAGAGAGUGUUUGGCAACACAAGAACAUUUGUUGAGUAAUGGCCAUUAAAAUAAAUUGCUUGAUAAAAUCUAUUGUCUAUAUCCUCUUUUCGUACAUGUUUUAUGUUUUUCUAUUCAUAAAUAAAUAUUGUCUGUGGACUUUAUAGCUUGGUUUUGGAUUUGAGACUAGUGGAAAUGUAUAUUAUUGUGGAGACACUAUUCCUUUGCCUCACACAGUGUAUAGCUUUCCUCAUAAUUUGUGAAAUCAUUUUGGAUUCGGAUAUACCAAUAAAUUACUUUUGAAAAUUAAAAUUCAUAUAUUAACUGAUUUUUUUUUAAAUCUAAAAAUCAUAAUACCAUAAGUUUGAAUAGUGUAUUCCUAAAUAUCUAAAAUUAAAAAAAAAAUCUAAAAUUUAGAUAAAAACUGGUUUGUUUUGAAUAUUUACAAGUAAAAUUAUUAGAUGUUUAGAGUAUUUUUGGUGUUUGGAGUAGAUGUGAUAAUGUGAAAGUAAACAGUGCUGUUUCAUAAUAAUCAAGAACAUAUUUGAAUUAAAAUCCAGAGAAAAUUUCGGUAACAGCCGUCGUUGGAGACAUCGUAUUCAUAUUUAUAUCGAUGUCCCCUUUGGGAAAUUUGGACAGAAAGCAAAAAUGCAUUUGCCCAUAUACAGUUUUACACCGAUCACUCAUCGCUUGUCUCAAGAGCAGAUUGUAAUACUUCUUCUAGAUACUUUUCGGCGGCUGCAAACUGUCUCUUCUUGUCUUCGAUUGCUAAUGCAGCCAGAGCUUUGUCCUGCUCAAAGAUACGAGCAACCAAUAUACUGUGAGCCGAGACUAGCAACGACCAACAACAAAGAGAACACUGAUCGUGUAGAUCAGUAAGUGUUUAUUUAAUAUUUGGAAGAAGCAGAGAUGUAUCAAUUUUCUUUUGAUAUCAAUGAAAAAGAAGUAAGAAGAUUACCGGAGGCAGGUCCUGAUAGCUUCUUAGAGUAUCAACGACAGGUUUUGUCAUCUUCUCCAAUUCCUUCCUGUGCUCCGCCAUUUCCACGAGCUCUCUGUGGCUGAUCUUAGGACUGUAGCCAACACGGUUGACCAACAUCUGCUCCCCAGAAUAUACAUAAAGUCAAAAAGGUACGAUAACAGUACAUUCCUAUCCAACAUCAUCACUGUACUUCUUACACGAUGAGAAUCUUUAUCAGAAUGUAUGGUUAUGAUAUAGCACAACAUAAAAAAUAACUAUAUCCUUAUAUCACUAGCAAGAAUAUAGUUUGAGCAACACUAAACUAAUCAUCUACCUGUUUCAGCUAGCUAAGAGUUUGUUCCAGUUUUUACAUGAAGGUAUCUCAUCUAGUAGCAGAAAGGUAUCUGAUUCUAAGCUUACUUAAGAAGAAUCUAAACACUAAAAGGAAAAGAAGGCGUCUAUACCUCAUACUUCUUGUACUGCUGUAUAUACUGUUCCUCCUUAGCUGCCAUAACUUCCAAAUUCGUUUUCCAAUUCUCCAUCUGAGAUUCACACGGAACCACAUCAUCUUCUAACUGCGCAAGGAUUCUGUAAAAAAAGAAAACUCAACACAGAUAAAAGUAAGAUACACCAGUGAAGAUCAUAAUACUCAAAUCUAUUAUCAAGAAAUCUUACUUCUUCAAAUAGGUCAGCCUCUGAAUCGCUUUCCUAGUAUAAUCAAGAAGCACAUUAGAAUCUUUCUGUGCUUUAGCUCUCUUCUCCUCCACUCCAGUCUUCCUCAGAGAAAUAUCUCCCAUUGCAACAAGGAAACUACACACCAUUUCUACUACAUCAGUGAAUAGUGAUAGCAUAGCAACAAAAGUAAUAAGAGAGCCUCACCUGCUGAGUUCAGUAUCUCUAAUAUUCAGCAAAUUCGCCACGUUAGCAAGAACUUGAGCUGAUGAAACCACAUUAGACGGUAAACUCUCUUGUGCCAUUCCCGCACUCUCCAAUAUCUCUCGAACCCGAGCAGCUAAAAACAGAGAAAAGAUUCAAACUUUUUUUUGUUUCAAUUCAAUUAUCGAAGAGAAAGAUUCAAGUAACCUUGAGCACGGUACUCGGAAGCCUUUUGACGAAAAUCGUUGGCGACGAUCGUUGCGGCUUGAGACUUGGCUUGAGAAGCGGUGGCGAGGUUGUAGAGAUGAGUGAUGCUUCGAUGAGUGUAGUCGAAAUUAGGGACUUGUUUCCCUGCGGAUUCGAAUUGUGAGGCGAGCCAUGAUUUCACUUCCGAGAUCCGAGCGGCGUCGGAUCCUCCCUUGGGUUCGCUCAACGGCGCCGUAUCAAUGCCGGUGAUGUCGCUCAUCGUCUCGGUAGAGAUGCGAUCACGUUCGGUGAAACCCUAGAUUUUUCCAAUUUGGGGAUUUAUUGGUGGAGUUUUAGUUUAAUUUAACAGUUCAAUUUUCAAAAUGAAAAGUAAAGAUCAGAAAAGACACCAAAUGAUUACUUUUCGGUGUAUUGGGAACUUUACUGCAAGAGUGAAUGUGUAUUGUUCUUUGGGCUUAUUUGCCAAAUAGCAAAAAAAUAAAGAAAAUUAGUUUUUUAGUGAGAGAGUAGAGAGAUAGGCAGAGAAAUGAAGAGAGAAGGGGAGAUUUUAGCUAGUUACUAAAUUUAAUUUUUUUUCAUGGCUAUCUCACAUAAUUUCCCUUGUCUUUUACAGUAGAAAAGAAUAUCAAAUUUUGUUUAGGACAAUUGCUAAGAUGUUGUAUAACUGUAUAAGUGUAUGGUUAGUGGCGAUUAUUGAAUUAUGUAUUUUAACGUAUUUGAA